AUGGACUUCCAAGAGUGGGACCCUCCCUCCCUGGCUGAGAGCACUCAGUCUGCAAAGCCCAGCGGUGGCCAGCAGACCACCGAGCUGUGGGAGGUGGUGGAGGAGCCUCGGGGCCGGCUGGGGCCAGAGGGUAUCAUGCCCGAGAGGCAGGAAGGCCACCUGCUCAAGAAGAGGAAGUGGCCUCUGAAGGGCUGGCACAAGAGAUACUUCGUGCUCGAGGAUGGGAUUCUUCACUACGCGACAACUCGGCAAGAUAUCACCAAGGGGAAGCUCCAUGGCUCCAUUGAUGUCCGACUGUCGGUCAUGUCCAUCAACAAAAAGGCCCAGCGCAUUGACCUUGACACUGAAGACAACAUCUACCACCUCAAGAUCAAGUCCCAGGACCUGUUCCAGAGCUGGGUGGCCCAGCUGCGUGCCCACCGCUCAGCCCAGCACCUGGAUGUGCCCCGAAGCCUGCUGCCCAGCACCACCCACCAGAAGGUUCUCAGUGCCCAGCCUCCGGCAGCGGGUAGUGCCUCGGCUCUGCCAGGGGUUGGACCUCGGGAGAAGGUGUCUUCCUGGCUGAGGGACAGUGAUGGGCUGGACCGCUGCUCUCACGAGCUCUCGGAGUGUCAGGGCAAGCUCCAGGAGCUACACAGACUCCUCCAGAGCCUGGAGUCCCUGCACCGGAUCCCCUCGGCCCCUGUCAUCCCCACACACCAGGCCUCGGUGACGACGGAGAGACCCAAGAAGGGGAAGCGGACCAGCCGCAUGUGGUGCACACAGAGCUUUGCCAAGGACGACACCAUCGGGCGGGUGGGUCGUCUCCAUGGCUCAGUUCCCAACCUGUCUCGCUACCUGGAGUCCCGAGACCCCUCGGGCCCCCGAGGGCUGCCGCCCCCAGACUAUGCCCACCUGCAGCGCAGCUUCUGGGCCCUGGCCCAGAAGGUGCACAGCUCGCUCAGCAGCGUCCUGGCCGCCCUCACUGCUGAACGGGACCGACUGAGGGGCCUGCACCAGGGUUCGGAGCCAUCCAGGCUGGGGGUCUCUGAGACCUCGGCCGGCCCGAGGCGCCUCCAUUCACUGUCCGUCUCCUCUGACACCACUGCAGAUUCCUUCAGCUCCCUCAAUCCCGAGGAGCAAGAAGCUCUGUACAUGAAGGGGCGAGAGCUGACCCCCCAGCUGUCCCAGAGCAGCGUCCUAUCCCUUGCUGACUCCCACACAGAGUUCUUUGAUGCCUGUGAGGUUCUCCUCUCUGCCAGCUCUUCUGAGAAUGAGGGCUCGGAGGAGGAGGAAUCGUGCACCAGUGAAGUCACCACCAGCCUGUCUGAGGAGGUGCUGGACCUCCGGGGAGCCGAGCGCUGUCAGAAAGAGGGACAGGCGGGCUGUGUUCCAGGGGGAGCCGUGGAGCUGCCCCGUCGCCGGUGCCUGCCGGCCGCCAGCGGGCCCGGCACUGACGUGAGCUUGUGGAACAUCCUGCGCAACAACAUCGGCAAGGACCUGUCCAAGGUGUCGAUGCCGGUGCAGCUCAACGAGCCGCUCAACACCCUGCAGCGGCUCUGCGAGGAGCUGGAGUACAGCAGCCUCCUGGACCGGGCCAGCCGCACCGCCGACCCCUGCGAGCGCAUGGUGUACAUCGCAGCCUUCGCGGUGUCCGCCUACUCCUCCACCUACCACCGGGCGGGCUGCAAGCCCUUCAACCCUGUCUUGGGGGAGACCUAUGAGUGUGAGCGCCCUGACCGAGGCUUCCGCUUCAUCAGUGAGCAGGUCUCCCACCACCCCCCCAUCUCAGCGUGUCAUGCAGAGUCUGAAAACUUCAUCUUCUGGCAAGACAUGAAGUGGAAGAACAAGUUCUGGGGCAAAUCCCUGGAGAUUGUGCCUGUUGGGACAGUCAACGUGAGCCUGCCCAGGUUUGGGGACCACUUUGAGUGGAAUAAGGUGACGUCCUGCAUUCACAACAUCCUCAGUGGCCAGCGCUGGAUCGAGCACUACGGGGAGGUACUCAUCCGGAACACACACGACAGCUCCUGCCACUGCAAGCUCACCUUCUGCAAGGCCAAAUACUGGAGCUCCAACAUCCACGAGGUACAGGGGGCCGUGUUCAGCCGGAGUGGCCGUGUCCUCCACCGACUCUUUGGAAAGUGGCAUGAGGGGCUGUACCGCGGACCCCCGACGGGUGGUCAGUGCAUCUGGAAGCCCAACUCAAUGCCCCCAAACUAUGAGCGAAACUUCGGCUUCACUCAGUUUGCCUUGGAGCUGAAUGAGCUGACCACAGAGCUGAAACGGUCCCUGCCUUCCACGGACACACGGCUCCGGCCAGACCAGAGGUACCUGGAGGAGGGGAACAUACAGGCAGCCGAGGCCCAGAAGAGAAGGAUCGAGCAGCUUCAGCGAGACAGGCGCAAAGUGAUGGAGGAGAACAACAUUGUCCACCAGGCCCGCUUCUUCAGGCGGCAGACAGACAGCAGCGGGAAGGAGUGGUGGGUGACAAACAACACGUACUGGCGGCUGCGGGCUGAGCCGGGCUACGGGAACCUGGAUGGGGCCGUGCUCUGGUAG